GACGGUUGCUCUAGCAUGGCAAGGUCUAGGGUUGCGCAACUUUACUGAGCAAGCUGGGCAAGUCAUCUCCGAUACUCUCCCAUGGCCACAUGCAUUUUGAUGAUGUCACACAUACACCCACGUGACAUAUAUGUUGCUAGAACUAUUCUCUGUUGUUGUACUCGCGUGACUUACUUUCUUGUAGGGUGCGAUAUACAUUCUGCGACGAUUUGGGGUUCAGUUGGUUGCCCCCGGUGAUACCCCGGAAGUCCUUGGCAUCCCGCCAGUGUUAGGUUUAUAUGCAUGACGUCAUAUCGUACAGGUUUUACCAGUUCUCUGAACGAGUUUCUUUCAAGCUCUGCGAGAUGCUCUCAGCUCACAUCCAGUUUAGUUCGCCCGCUGCUUGAGACGCAACAGUACUUGUCGUCGCGUUUUCCCUCAUCGUCCGGCCUCAAACGGAAGACCAAACGGCAUCACUCGUCGUCAAGCGGUUGCCAAGAUUCAGACAUGACGCAUGCGACGUCAAACGACACCCAAUCACCACUAGACUUAGACGGAGCGGCAAAAUCCGACGAAGUCUCCGUCUUCAAGGCGCUUUUUGAGAGAGAAUCAACAGAGCGCAUCAAAAGCCUCCUUCAAGGAGUCAACUCCCUCUGUCCCCCUCUUGUCAUGGCUUGCCGUUACACGGCCCAUAAUAUCGUCGACUUUCUGCUCAAGAAAUUUCAGAGCAAUCCAAAGCUUUUUGACUUGAAUCAGAUUGGCACGGUUCCCUCAUUUCGCCAAGGGAAGGAAGUCCGGGGAGCCACUGCCCUGUGGGUGGCGGCCGCUGGAGGGUCUGUGGAUAUCGUCGACAUGCUGCUGAGACUGGGAGCGAGCGUGAAUAGGCCGACGGCGACGAAAUCCACGCCGAUAAGAGGAGCUGCCUUUUAUGGACAUUUGAAGGUUAUGACGAGACUUCUUGAACAAGGAGCUGACGUUAAUUUAGCAAACGUUGACGGUCAAUCUCCGCUUCUCGUAGCAUGCGCGAUGGGUCACCUUCCAGUUGUCCAGUUCCUCAUCUCACAAGGCGCUCAACGAGGCACCGACAUCAGUGGCCUCUCAGAAAUUCUAAUGGCAGCCAUUUAUGGUCACAAAACCAUCUUCGAUUAUCUCGUGAGUCUGCCAGACUGCAGCAUACACGAGCACAUCAACGGCUUGGAGCUCUUUGGUGCAACGCUGAUUGACAACCACGAUGACUACAACGGUGCACUGCGCUACUGGAGAGAGGCACUCGAACUGAGAGAAAAGCAUGGAAUCGCACCUCUGGAGUAUCCCAAUCAUCCGGCAUAUCGCGGAGUGAAGAUGCCGACGUCAUCUGAUCAGUUCGAUUUGCUCUCUGUUGAUCACAGGAGGAUGGCUCUGUUGGCAUUGUGUGUGAGAGAGAGGGUGAUCGGGAAGUGUCACCCGUUCACGUCCCACUUUGUGAGAUUCCGUGCGGCCGUGUAUUGCGAUCAGCAUGACUACGAGCCGAGCAGCGCGUUGCUGCUGCAGUCACUGGAGUUACAGCAUCACUCAACGACAGUUCCGUAUUCUAAUUUUGACACGGUGAGCGAAGUGGUCAGUCAAGCAGAGCUUCUCUCUGACAUGGUCUUCGAUGGUUACAAACCAAACAUCAGGCCUUUCCUUCAGUGGGCCAUCGACGACAUCCAGCAGUGCAUGGAGAAGAACAUUGACUACAGCCGCAUGCUUUCCCUUUGCCUCUCAUUCCUCGGCAUUUGGCUGGAACUUGAUCCUCCCAGUGUUGGAGCACUGACAGGAAUCUUUGAUGGAAGUAACAUCGAUCGCCGUCGUCUUGUACAAUACCUUCUCCACCUUGAAUCGAGCAUGAUGAAUGCACCAGCUUCGACCCUCCUUCACCUUGCCUGCAACACAAAGACAACAGAAACGGGUCCGUACCCUCCCCACCGUUUCCCGUCCUUCAAGGUCGCCGAAUAUCUCAUCCACUGUGGAGCGAAGCUAAACGCGUUGAAUGCCGAACGUCAAAUGCCUCUACAUCUUAUCGCAUCGCACCAGAGCAGCCCAGCCAGUCAACCCAUCAUCCAGUGUCUGCUAGAGGCAGGAGCCUACAUGCACGGGAGAGACGCCAAGGGCCGAACACCGUUGGACAUUGCAAGGGACGAUGACCAGAGGGGCAAGUGUACAAUCGAACUUCAGUCGCGGUACAUGCCAAACUUGACACUUGGAACAUUGGCGGCGAUGUCCGUCAUCAAAUAUGGCCUUGACUAUAGAGGACAAAUUCCAUGCAGUUUAGAGCGGUUUCUAGCUCUACACUGACUGUAUAUGUAAUAUGUAGUCAGAAUCAGAUAGAACGUUAAGCUAAUCCAUUAAUUUUGUAUAGAAUUUGUUAACACACAGGCUGUAGCUAAUGGUUUCAUGUUGCAGCAUGCCUCGGCUCUAUUCGAUAUAAAACGGUGGCUCUCGGUGAGCUAUGCUCUGACUGUAA